CGCCGGCUCCAUGCGCGCCGCAGGAAGGGGCGGGGCCAUGAGCAGCGCGCUGCGGAGAUACGAGGCGGAGCUGCGGGAUAGGCUGUCGGAGCUGCAUGCCCGGCGGUCGGAGCUGGCAGAGCGGAUCGCUGCAGAGCAGACGGAGCGGGAGAAGCUGCAGGCCCAGCUGUGGGCACUGACCGAGCGGCUGGCGAGCAGUGGCGAGAGCCUGUCCCGGCUGCUGGCUGCCCACGCCGAGCUGGACCGAACCAUCACCGAGAGUGAGGCCACCUACAGCAAGAUUCUGGAGAAUUCUCAGGCAUUGGGAGGCAUCCUGAAAGGACAAGCUGGGAAUGCUGGUAAAGCUAGUGAGCUGCAGAGCACUUCAAAAGAAAAAGAAAAUCCAGCACGUGGAAAAAAGCCCUCCUAAACUUGCUUUUCAACCUGGCAAGUCCUGUAGGUCUGGGACAGCUGCUGUUCUGCUAGAAGGAUGCCACGUUUAUUAAAAGUCUCUGUAUUGCAAAAGUAAAUCUUCCUUUCAGAUGCCCUCUGGUAUUAGUUAGAGAUCUGCUUAAAGUUAGAGGAUUAACUUUAGCUAGAGAUCAGGUAGGCAUCCUAAAAAGAAAUACCCUUUAUAUUAAUAGAAUGAUGGAAUGGUUUGAUUCAGAAAGGACCUCAAAGCCCGUCCAGUUCCACCCCCUGCCAUGGGCAGGGACACCUCCCACUGGGUCUGGUUGCUCACAGCCCCAUCCAACCUGGCCUUGAACACCUCCAGGGAUGGGGCAGCCACCACUGCUCAGGGCAACCUGGGCCUCACCACCCUCACAGCAAAACAUUUCUUCCAAGAUCUCAAUCUCUCACAGAUCAACAGGAAGUGAUGGAUCUGCUAAUGUUUCUGCCCCCAGAACAGCACUCACCUUGCUUUGCCAAGAGCAAGCGAAGAGUUCAUCUGGUACAGACAAGGAUUAGAGUACAAAGCCGGGAAGUGCGACAGCAGCGCUCAGUGAGGCGCAAAUCCCAGCUACAAGGCAGAGCAGGCAAACUGGGUGGAGUGGAGAAGCCAACAGCACACUGGGGCCCCAGGGGCUCUUGUUGGGAAGCACACGCUGCUCUCACGCUGCCGCUGAGCCUGUCUGACCCAGAGAAGGAGGCACAGAGCUAAUCCACAGAGAACAGCACGCAGAAUAGCAGUUGGCUGGAGUCAGGAGAACAAGUUGCAGGUCAUUGUUGGCUUUAGCAUUCCUCACUGAUCCACAGCAGAACUAAGUCAGUACUGGUUCAGACACCCUGCCCUGAAUUUUAACUGCAAGCAGCUUUUGCUCCACCCCUUGCAGUUUUGUUAUGGUGCAAAUCUGGAGACAGGACUGCCUUAAACUGGCCUGAGCUUUUCCAUGGUGCAAGAUGCCCAUUGGGAUGUUUUCUGGUAGAAAAGCCGUGCAUAACCUUCCAAACAUAGUCCCUGAUCUCUUUUGUGUGCACAUCUGCUGGCUGUAGGCACUGCUCAGUCACCAGGUCUGGUAACUUGUUCAUCCCUUAAAUCCAGCAGUCACCAGCAAUCCUGCAGUUUCCCUCAUCCCACCCUAGCUUCAGCAUCUUGCCCUGAAGUAUUUCAUUAAUGGGAGAAGCCUCAGCAUAUGGGAUUCUCUGCUCUUUCCAUGCUUCUUGUGUCAUGGAAGACGUGCUGAAAGCUGCAUUCCACUCCUGGGAGGUGACGGGGGUGGGGGCAGGUAGGAUCAUGGAAUGGUUUGGGUUGGAAGGGACAUUAAAGCCCAUCCAGUUCCACGCCCUGCCAUGGCAGAGACACCUCCCACUGGAUCAGGGGCUCCAAGCCCCGUCCAACCUGGCCUUGAGCACCUCCAGGGAUGGGGCAGCCACCACUUCCCUGGGUAACCUGGGCCAGGGCUUUCCUGCUCUCAUCAUGAAUUUCUUCCCAAUGACCAAUCUGAAUCUCCCCCCUCCCAAUUCAAAGCCAUUCCCCCUCAUCCUAUCACUCCAGGCCCUUGUAAAAAGCCCCUCCCGGGCUUUCCUGGAGCCCCUUCAGUACUGGAAGCUGCUCUAAGGUCUCCCUGGAGCCUUCUCUUCUCCAGGCUGAGCAACCCCAACUCCCUCAGCCUGUCC